AUGCAAUGUUUAGCCCACCUCUCCAAAGGGCCUGCUCGACCCUCGCCCCAUCACUCACUCACACUAGAACAACCUCUCACCUUUCCCCCACCACAGCUCAGUGGCCUAUCCCUCACCACAACCGUCUUAGCCCUAACCCUCCACCUCCACCUCGCCCACCGACACAACCAACACAUCCUUCUCCGCGAGCAAAUCGACGCCAUAGAUGCCAUAGCCCUACCUACGACAACCGCAAAAAUUACCAGGAACGGCCAGCGAUAUACGAGCACCCAUGGCCAGUGCGCAGGGGGCAAGGAUGGAAACGUAGAUGCUGUUACCGCAGUGUUGGCGCGGAGGGGUUAUUUCCCGCGUGAAGGCGGCGGGUUGAUGGAUUUGGUUAGGGAGAGGUGGAAUGAGGGGGUUGAGAGGGCUGUGAGGAGGGUGAGGGAGGGUGCGGGGGAGACGGUGGAGGCGCUGGGGAGAGGGCGUGGGUGGGAGCGGGAGGAGAGGGGGAGUGAUUAG